AUGGCGUCUCGUAAAUCUCCUCUAAGAGACCGUUUGCUUUCAAAUUCUCCCGAUCCCAUCAAAUCGUCUAUCUUGCGCGAAUCAGGAAUGGGGUGGAAUACUCCAACAUCGAAUGGCUCUAUUCAACCUUCCGGAAGUACAGGAUCCAUAACCUCUCCACUUCGCAUUGCCAAACGAGAUUCUCCCAGUGGUCGUGUUCGAGGUCCUGCCGUGGCUCGCAGAACCUCGUCUAGCUACCGACAUGUUCAUAACAACAAUCUUGUGUCCAAAUCUCCAUUUAAGUCUCUGAUACCAACGCCAUCGACCCCAUCUUCACGACCGCCUCCUAUUUCAUUUCCGACGAGGAAAGUAUCUGGUGAAAAACGCCCACGCCCCUCAUCGAUGCACGAACUAGGUGAGACGGAGAAUGACCGCCCAUUCGCUCUGAAGAGAGACCGGAAGCAAAGCAAAACAUUCCAGGGUCUUAUCGACAAAGAACCAGUUACCAAGAGUCCAUUUCGUGUUCAACAGAAACAGCCGGUUUCCCAGCCCCCAAAGCCUCCCCUUGCUCCCAUUCAAAACGAGCAAUCAACUUUAUCUUCAACCCCACCCGCGCCGUCACAUAUUUCACCCCCGGUCUCUACACCCAAUAAUGGUCCAUCUCCUGGUCGCUCUGCCCUUGUUUCGAGACGUAUGCACGGUCCUCGUCUGAGUGGCGGAUCUAGGCGAGAGCGGAGAAAGACGGUCACGUUUCACGAGCGUUGCGACGUUCUUGAAUUUGACCGAGAAGACACGGAAGACGAAGUAUUUGAAAGCUCAGAUGAAGAAUCCCGCGACGAAACCCCUCACGACCUCCAGAAUGAAGAUGAAUCUAUGACAGAUUCUUCACGACCGAAUAACGACCCUCACGACGUGAUGGAAGAUGAUGCCUCUUACGAAAGUGUUGGACUUUCCGAUAGUGGGCAUAAUCCUCCAGUUCCAUCUCUUCUAGCCGACCCAGAUGCAAGCAUAAAUGGUAUCGUGGAUGAGAUGUUCUUUGAAACUAAUGCUGCAAACCUUUUGGCGGAUAUCAGUAUGAUUUCUGGAACCAGCACUCCUCCCCGUCAUGCCGAUAUUCCAACAGACCUGGAGACAGAGGACGGUGUUCCGUUUGGCCGAAGUCAUCACGUUGAACGCUUUAUGCAGAGUGAACAUUCCUUACCAUCUCAACCUCCUCCACAUUUCUCUCCUCACUCAUCGCCUGCCCACCAGGCCUCUUAUAAUCAGAGUCCUUCUUACCUCAACAGCUUCAAUCUUCCGACUCAUGCAUCUCCUCUUGGACCGCCUGCUACUCCUCCUCGUAGAUCACCGGGCGUUCGAUACAGCACGCCGCCUCUCGGAAGGUCAACUCACGUCGAGAGAAUCCGCAAGGCCAGAGAAGAAGAACGAGUCGAUCAGGCAGAAGGAGAUGAUGUCGCUAAGCUGCCCCUUAGUCCAUCACCGAUGAAAAAGCCAUCCACAGCGGACCUCUCGCAUGAUGAUAGCUUGAUACCUAAAUUCGACCUCAAUGCGGGUUCUUCGGCUGAGACGGAAGUAAACUCUAGUACGAAUAUCAAUCUCGAUCCCUUUGAACACAGAAUUCAGGAUGAAUCUACUCUUCCUGGGCUUGACGAGAAAGACAUAUCUGAAAUACACGAACAUGAACGCCCGCUUUCUCCGGGCAGUAUCUCUAUCGGCAAUUCAGAAGUAAACUUGUCCGCCUUGGUUAGCGAACGUGAUUGUGAAGAGGUUCUGCAAAGCCUCAAUUCCUCCUUUCACUCAGAGGGACGGUCGCGUCGGGAAGGCAGCGUCCCUCGAACGUCACCACCUCCAUCUGAUUAUUUCCCCCCUGUCUCGCGCCAUAUGACACCACCAGUACACUCAGGUUCACCUUUAUUGGCGGCGGUGCAAAGUACACAUUCUCUUGGGAAGGUGGCAAGUCGGGAGCGUAUUUCUAGGGAGGAAGUGCAACGGCGUCUCAUGAUUCAACGAAGCCCUGGAAGCCCAAUGCCCGACAAAGUCGCUACACAGAGUCCCAGGCCCACGAUAUUCGUCGACCCUGCUGGAGAUAUCGCCACUCCAUCUAAACGAUCUAUGUCUUCUUCCUUAGAGGUUCUCGAUCCAGAAACCAACAGGUUAUCAGUGCUCACUACACAAACCGACUUUAGCACCGAGACGGCCAUCGUUGAUACUGCUGAAAAGAGGAAUCUCGGAAUGACAAUGUUAUCCGCGUCACACCCUGCUGGGGAUAAUGAAUUUGGUCUUCUCGGGCCUAGCCAAAGACUUCAAUUCGACUUCGGUAGCAAAUUUAGCGUCGGAGGCUUAGGCAUUUCUUCCAAGGAUGUAGAUUCGCGCCACAAUGAGGGCAUGCGUCAAAACCAUGAGCUGGCCGUUGAACCAGCACCUUCGACCAUGAGCAUUCAAAGCACCAGUACAUCGGGGAUGAAAAUGGGAGAUGUUGAUGUGGACAUGGACAUGAAGAGCGCUCUCGACAGACUGAUGGAAGAUGUCGCUGGCGCUGGCGCGAGGGCUGAAGAUUCCAUUAUGUCUGACGAGUACGACGAAUCUUACGAUCACUCUCGAUCUCAUGAAGACCACGAUCGCGUCGAUUUCACCGAUAUACAUCCUAAGAUAAUGGAGCGCGCGGCUACCGAUUCUGCUCUUCUACAACAAAGCGAAGUUGACGGUAUCCAUAGUAGGACUGCCAGUGGAUCAUCUACACUAACAGCGCCUCCUCCUGUUCCACCAAAGGACAAUAUUAGACAAAGGGAGCAGAUUAUCUUAGAGAAAAGGCGUGAAGCAAGACGUAUCGAAGAGGAAGGCUCUAGUGGUUUUAAACCAUCUCGUGGCAAAGAUCAAGAACAUUUGGGGGUGGGCAGACCUAGCCGACGUAGAAGUAUGAGUACUGGUGACGCUGAGGUUCUUGGUGGCGGCGCCAGGAAACGAGGCAAUGCUUUACUGGACAUCGCUAAUCCGGAUACUGGUGAUGAUCCCCUUGCUGAUAGUAUUGAGAAAGAACUUCAGAAACUUGUUGAGCCUGCCAAAAAAAGCAAGUAUCAUGUUCGCGAACGUGAAACCACCAUUUAUGCUUCGUCUUCGGAUGAAAAGGUUUCGCACAUGGCUGGCCCUGGUGACGUUGAUACCGGAAGAGCCUGGAGGACAGUUAGACGCCCUUCUGAUAUGAACGAAUACGCUAAGCAAAUCAAGGAAUACCGUGCUCAAGACAAGGGGAAAGCCUAUGGAAAAGUAUUCGUCAAAGUGCUAGGAAUCAGGGGAAUGCAUUUACCAUUGCCUCACGAAGCCACGGCUUUCACAUGCACGCUCAACAACGGCAUUCAUUUCGUCACAACACCUGAAUGCCAACUGUUGUCAGACUGCCGAAUCGAACAAGAGUUUGAACUUAUCGAGCACAGCAAACUCGAGUUCACAUUAACACUUAAAGUUCGUCGGGAUCCUCAUAUCAUCGCUCAAUUCAAAGCUCUCGCGCCCAGUGCUCCUGCACCUGCUCCGCCUCCCGUUAUGCGCCCUCCUGUCGUGGCGCAAACGGCAUCCAAAAGCAGUGGAAUGCGCAGCUUCUUCUCUUCCUCACCAAAGAAGUCAUCAAAGGACAAGAUCGUUGUUCAACCUCCUCCUGUUCAACAACAACCUCUGCAGCCUCAACGUCUAGUAGAAAAUUUGGCGCGACAUUUGAAACCAGAUGGGACUCUUGCUAGGGCAUUCAUUUCAUUCAAGGACAUUGCCGCCCGAUGUGACACCCGGUUGUUUGAAACGAGUUACCCUCUCAUUGGUCAACGUGUAGAAGUUGGGGGCAAGUUUUCUCCUUUGGAAGUCGGAGAGAUUGUCCUUCAAUUGUUUAGACUCCCUCCUUUACCUGGGAUCCCUCAGGACCAGCUACCUCAAAGCUUGGAAGAGUGCCACCGCGGAUUACGCCAUAUCAAUUGGCACAAAGUGACAUAUUUCCAAGGUACCCUUACGCAAAUUGGUGGCGAUUGCAGCACUUGGCGUCGCCGACAACUUAGGGUGAUAGGUGCAAAUUUAGUUGCCUUCAAUGAUGUUACAAAGAAAGCAACGGCGACGAUCGACCUGAAAAAAGCGAUUGCUGUUGAAGAUGACCAAGAAGCACGGAAUAACGCUCAAAGCCCAGGUGGCACAAGUCGAUAUGCCGACGAAUAUGAUGGUUUAUACGGCGUCGAAAGAUCUUUCCGCUUGAUCUUCCCCCAGUCGCAGGAGAUCAUAUUCUUCGCUGACACUGACGAGGAAAAAUCCAAAUGGCUCGACGUUCUUCGGGCCCUUGUUGGUCGCAUUCCGCCUCAUCCACUCUGGGCGGAACUUCUAUGGCAACGGCAAGAAGAAAUAUCGAAGCGCAUGAAUGCUGCCCAACAAACUGUGCCCCAAACGUCUCCGAUUGAUUCAAGACGCCCACAGCAUUAA